ACCGUCUUGUCGAAGUACUUCCCCCAGGCAGCCAUGGACAAGCGCUUCCUUCUUUUCGUUGUUGUGUCAUCCGUCUUACUGCUGUCGGUCGCCGGAGCAAAGACCCAAAGAGGAAGAUUCUGAAUCGCAAGAGGAUUCUUCAGAGGAAAAUUUGUCGGAGGAUUCUACAACGAAACGACCCGUAGGAAGAGCAGUAAUGAGUCGUCCCGCCUUCGGCACUCUGUACCUUGAGGAUGCUGAGGAGUCACAGUGGCACUGAAAGAGGGAGAGAGGGAGUUAAUAUUAGUGGAAAAUAAAUA